GUACCUCCUUCGAUUCAUUAUCUCAAUCCAGUAUCCGCUGAAAACUAAAACUGAAAACAGUAACCAUGAUCCCCAUCCGCCCCAUUGACGAGGAAUUGAACAGGCUACACCAGCCAGUGAUCACUGCAGAGGAAGAGGACCCACAGUGGGAUACUGCUCUUCAUGGCUUUAAUGUUACCAGCUGUGUGACUCGACCCACAGUUAAUCAUGGAAGGCGCCACAGUGCUCCUUCCAUUCCCAUGGUGACAUCGGUCGCACCUCCUUUGCAUCCGGCAACGGGAAGAUACCACGGAUCGAACCGCCACAGGCAGCAGCGUUCCAUGGGGAGUGGAAUCAGCAGUCAUGGUGGGCCAGUUGUGUACCAUAAUGUCGUCUAUCCCAUGACAUCUACCGGUAGGCAAUCCAACAGCCUCUACUACGGAAGACCCCGACACCAUCACGUACCGGUCAUCCCCGAGCAUCACCAGCAUCACCAUUACUAUGUCCAUCAUUAUCAUUCAGGUACCAGCCAAGGCUCACCUGGAGCCAUCCCUCGAGUCAGUUGGUAG